CCCAUCAUAUCACAUGACUCUAAAACAGAGGAAUACAGCGGUGCUUGACAACAACAACAAAACUUUCCUCUUUCUAGCUAUUUCCACACAAAACCAACCUUUCACAGACUAAACAUUUUCUAGUAACGUUAGUUCUGUGGCAAAACUCUGUUCAUAUUUCCAGACUCAGUUACUGACAGACUGUGCGGCACGCAUUUUCAAGAAAGGAGUGCUGUGUUUUUGAAGAGGGAAAGAAAGAGAGUGAACGAAACCGACGAGAGAUAGAGAGAUAAAGAGUAGAGAGAGGGGGGAUUGAGAGUCUAACAGAAGAUAUCCACACAGCAACGGGAGUGGACCGAGGCCCGACCCAGUCACCCAGGUCUAACAUCCCGCUACUGGAAGGAGGGAGACGGCAGAGCCAUGGCGAAUAUAGCGGUCCAAAGAAUCAAACGGGAGUUCAAAGAAGUUCUGAAAAGCGAAGAGACGAGUAAAAACCAGAUCAAGGUGGACCUGGUAGAUGAAAACUUCACAGAGCUGCGAGGAGAGAUCGCAGGACCACCGGACACGCCGUACGAAGGUGGAAGAUUUCAACUGGAAAUCAAAAUCCCAGAAACGUAUCCCUUUAACCCUCCCAAGGUGAGGUUCAUCACUAAGAUCUGGCACCCCAACAUCAGCUCAGUAACAGGAGCCAUCUGUCUUGACAUCCUCAAAGACCAGUGGGCAGCAGCGAUGACUCUGAGGACAGUACUGUUGUCCCUCCAGGCUCUUCUGGCUGCAGCUGAACCGGACGACCCCCAGGACGCAGUAGUGGCCAACCAGUACAAGCAGAACCCAGAGAUGUUCACGCAGACAGCCAGGUUAUGGGGCCAUUACUACGGUGGAGCCCCUGUACCCGGGCCAGAAUACACACGGAAGAUAGACAAACUCACUGCCAUGGGCUUCGAAAAGAAUGCAGUAAUCGCUGCUUUAUCUUCUAAAUCCUGGGACGUGGAGGCGGCGACAGAACUACUCCUUAGCAACUGAGACCCAGCAAGAAACCCCCCCCUCUGACCUCAUCUCCGUUCUCCUCAUGGUGCCCUCCGAUGCCUUCUAACCACUGAGCCUUUACUGGGGUGAUGUCAUAGUUUCAGCCCUCUUCGUCCAAUAGACUUCCUGGUGUCCUUUCAGCCCAAACAUCACCAACCCCAUCCGCUUCGGUUCUUCCCUUUCCAACAUUGAUCCACUGUUACCUGGUGGAGCCUACUGGCUGAGAGAGACAGACCACACACCGCCGGACAAAUACACGGCGGAAAACUUCUACAGGUCUAGGAUCAGUCUCUCCUCAAGGAUUUAUCUGUAACUGUACAAAUACACGGCGGAAAACUUCCUGGAUAUUAUAAAA